AUGAAUGGGCAUUUAGAUGCAUCCGGGCUGAAAGACAAGUCGAUCAUUGUCACAGGGGGUGCUUCAGGCAUUGGGCUUGCAGCCGUCACACGCUUUGCAGAAGGAGGAGCCUACGUGACCAUCGCAGACGUUCAAGAUGCUGCUGGGAACAAGGCUGCCGCCGACCUAAACGCCAAAGGCUGCCAUGUCUCCUUCGUCCACUGUGACACGACCGACUGGGAAUCAAGCGUGGCUGCGUUCAAACACGCUGCCUCUUUCGGCCCGAGCAAGUCCUUGCACGUCGCUGUCUUGAACGCCGGUAUAGGGGGCGACAGGGGUAGCCUCACAGAUCAAGUCCUUGCAGCACCUGAGCCUUCCUUGGACCCCGAAGUUGUCCCAACGCGUCCAACGCGAAAAGCGGCGGCUGUGAAUUUCUUGGGGGUAUACGACAAUUGCUGGUUGGCGCUGCACUAUAUGCGUCUGCCUUCGGAAGUCGACCCAACAAGUGCACAGCACAAGUCAAUAAUCAUGACUGCUUCUUUGGCAGCUUAUGCCGACAUGCCGAGUUCUUCGGAUUACAAUGCUUCAAAGUUUGCCGUCCGAGGUCUUUUCCGAGGGCUCCGGCACACAACCGCUGCGCUUAAUGUCCGCGUUAAUCUGCUUGCACCCUACUGGAUCAACACCCCUCUCGUCCAGUCUGCGUUACCGGUAUUAGCAUCGAGAGGCGUGAUGCCAGGUCACGGGAUGACGUGGGCAAGCAUCGAUCAUGUAGUCGAUGCCAUGGUUAGAUCCGCCACUGACCCAAGUGUCGGCGGUGUAGCUUGGGGUAUUUGGCCAGAAGGUUACUUUGAUAUGGGAGAUGAUGAGGCUGGAGGCUGGGCAGGCGAUCACUUGAGAGAGCAUUGGAAAAUCCAGAGGGAACGGGGCGACAACAUGCUGUGA